GGAGAGCUCCCACAACCAAGAGAAUAUGCAACAUCAGACCCUAACUGCACCAUUCUUUGUUGGGAUGAAAUUUCAUUUGAAAAGAUAUCAAAGACACGAGCGGCCCAGCAGUGAGUGCAACAGUUGAAAGAAGUUCCCAAGAAUCAUUUGAGUACAGUGAGGAGUGUUACAGUCGACUAACUGCUGAAGAUUUUCCAUUUGGCGACCAAGGUUCUUUUGUUCUGGAACAAGGAAAAUUAUGUGCAUUCACAGAUAGUGAAUUAGAACUCCCUUUUGAAGAAGAUGCAGAAAGUGUUUACCUGGAUCCACAAGAAAGACUGUUUGAGAAUGAAUUUCCUGAAUGUUUGAGUCAGGCACCUAUGAUAAAAGAAUACAAACCUGUUCAACAAUUGACCACUGUAGCUGGGGAAGAUGUCUGCAUAUGUUCAGGAGUGUGCACAUGUUCAAGUGGAGGAACUGCACCAGUGGAAACAGAACCACUUUUAGGAGAAAAGAAAUUAUCUGAUGAAUCAGAAGAACCUCAUGUUCUGGAGGAGUUAGCUCCUGUAAGCACAGAAGUUCCUGCUGCAACAGAAAUAGCAGCAUUUGAUGAAAAAGUUUCAGAUGUGUCACCUGUACAGGUGGCACCAGAAGAACCAAUGGUGCUGGGAGAAGGAAAGGUUACAGAAGAAAAAGUAGCUGCCACCCCUGGAAAAACAGUUUGCUCGUGUUCAGGAGUGUGCACGUGUUGUGCACAGUGCACAGGAAUUGCACCAGUUAAAACAGAAAUACCUGUGGCAGUAGAAAAGGUAUCUGAGGAGUCAGUUACAGAAAGUUUGUACACAAGAAUUUCAGCAGAGGACUUCUACUUUGGUGAUCCAGGUUCCUUUGUAUUAGAGCCGUCUAAGACCUGUGAAUUUACAGACAGUGAACUAGACCUACCAUUUGAGGAGGAAGUAGAAAGUGUAUAUCUUGGUUCAUCAGAAAGAUUGUUCACGGAUGAAUUUCCUGGAAGCGCUAAUAUACCUCCUUUAAUUGUGCAACCUCAUGUUGUGCUGGAGUUAGCUCCUGUAACUGCAGAAAUCCCUGGCGCAACAGCAAUAACAGCAUUUGAUGAAAAAGUUUCAGAGUUAUCACCGGUAGAGGUGACAGCAGAAGGACCAACAGUGCUCGGCAAGGGAGAGAUUAUAAAAGCUGGGUGCAUAUGUUCAGGAGUUUGCAGAUGCACAAGUACAGCAAGUGCACCAGUUGAAAAAGAGCUACAUUUGCCAGAAGAAAAGAUAUCAUUGGGGUCAUUUACUGAAAGUUUAUACACCAGAACUUCAGCAGAAGACUUUUACUUUGGUGAGUUUGGUUCUUAUGCUUUAGAAGGGCCUUCAAAGAUAUGUGAGUUUACAGAGAGUGAGCUAGAACUGCCAUUUGAGGAGGAAGUGGAAAGUGUAUACCUUGGGUCGACAGAGAGGUUAUUCCAGGAUGAAUUUCCUGGAAGCACUAAUAUACCUCCUUUAAUUGUGCAACCUCAUGUUGUGCUGGAGUUAGCUUCUGUAACUGCAGAAAUCCCUGGCACGACAGCAAUAGCAGCAUUUGAUGAAAAAGUUCCACAGUUAUCACUGGUAGAGGUGACAGCAGAAGGACCAAUAGUGCCCGACGAGGGAGAGAUUAUAAAAGCUGGGUGCACAUGUUCAGGAGUUUGCAUAUGCACAAGUACAGCAAGUGCACCAGUUGAAAAAGAACUACAUUUGCCAGAAGAAAAGAUAUCAUUGGGGUCAUUUACUGAAAGUUUAUACACCAGAACUUCAGCAGAAGACUUUUACUUUGGUGAGUUUGGUUCUUAUGCUUUAGAAGGGCCUUCAAAGAUAUGUGAGUUUACAGAGAGUGAGCUUGAACUGCCAUUUGAGGAGGAAGUGGAAAGUGUAUACCUUGGGUCAACAGAGAGGUUAUUCGAGGAUGAAUUUCCUGAAAAUGCAAAAUUACCUCCUUUCAGCAUGGAACCUGUUACCAUAACUGAUGUAGUGUUGCCCCAAGCAGUGCUUGAAGUUCCAGAAACAACAAGUGAAACUGUUCCUGUGGGAAUGAUUACUCCUUCGACAGGUAUAGAAGCUCCAACAAGACUAGAAGCUCCAACAAGACUAGAAGCUCCAACAAGAUUAGAAGCUCCAACAAGACUAGUAGCAGCCGAAGGUUACAGGAUUGAAAGGUCAACGAGCAGUACUGGAGAACUUCGUGAUGAAAUUUAUUAUGAUGUUCUUGGGAGGACAGCAAUGGAACCUGGUACCGAACAUAUUGUUGCAGAAGUUUCAUAUAUGCUUGUGGAACCACUGGAAGCUAUCAGAAAGAUGGAAGAUGAAAUUAUGUCUGAGAUUCCAAGAAUACUGUCAGAGCUACUAGCCAAAUGUGAAGGUUCACCUGAAGGAAAACCAGAACUGUCUGAGAUACAGCAUGUUUUAUCUGAAGUACUAGCAAAAUGUGCAGCUGUAGAUGCUGAUAAGCAAACAAUUAUGGAAAAUGUUAUUACUGAAGUACUGACAAAAGGUGAAGGAGGACUAGAGGCAGGUGAUGUACAUGAUAUUUUGAAAGAGUUGAUAGGAAAAUGUGAAGGUACAGUUCCAGGAGCAUUACAGAUACCUGAUACAAUUAUGGUUACAGGAGGAACAGAAGCACCUGAUGUCAAGGCUAUUCUGUCAGAUGUUAUUUCAAAAUGUGGAGAUAAAGGUAAAAUAGAACCAUUUGAUAUAGCUCGAAUAUUAUCUGAAGUGAUCACAUCACAGGUCGCAAUUCAGUCACGGGCUGGAGUUCCAGAGCAGCUUGUAACUCCACAGGUACUUGAACUAUUACCUGAGGGUGUUAUUCCUCCUGAACAACAAGAAAUAAAACAGAAGCGUGUUUGCACUUGUGACUCAUCCCCUAAGUAUGGAGUAAUUAAAGAUACAUCUGUUGAAAAGACAGAACCACAGGUGCUGAUUCAGGAUACUGAAGCCUUUGUAUCUGCAAUUGAAGGUCCAUCUGCACAUGAAGAACAUGUCAUGCAAGUUGCUGCAGUUAGUGGCUCAGAUGCAUCAUUCGAAUAUAAUGAAGAUAGUUAUAGUAGGGUAACAGCAGCAGACUUCCCAUUUGGUGAAACAGGUUCCUGCAUAUUGGAACCUCCAAAGGAAUAUGGAUUUACAGAUAGUGAACUUGAGCUACCAUUUGAGGAAGAAGAGCCUAUUGUAGAAUUGGGACCAGAGGAGAGGCUAUUUCAGAAUGAAUUUUCUGGAGUAGUAACAGCAACUCAUAAACCUCCCACUAUAACCACUGAUACUGCAGAAGAAGCUUUCGUGCCUGAAGAAGUUGCAGUUACAGUUGGAGUUCCAGGAUCAGCAGAAGAGCCAGAAGGAGGACUUCCAGGUACAGCAGAAGAGAGAGAGGUGCCCGAAGAAACCACAGUUACAGGGGAAGUUCCAGUUACAGCAGAAGAGCCAGAAGAAGAAACAUUUUUUGAAGCUAUUGGUGAGACACUACCUGAAGAGAAAACUAUUGGAGAAAUCAUUCUUUCAGACGAGGGAAGAGAGGGUGAAGGUGAAGGAGAUAUGGAAACACAGCUGGCAUCUCUUCGACAUAGGGUGUCUAACAAGUCAAAAGAAAUCAUCGAAAUCAAGACGCUGCUGUCGCAACUGCAGCAACAACAAACACGUUUGGAAGGGAAAUUGGGUGUGGAGCCAUCACAGUUUCCUGAAAUGGUUGUGGCUGAAGAAGACUAUACAAAACCUGUUGCAAUAGGGCCUGGUGCUCGACCUUCUCCCUCAGAACUACAAGCUGCCAUCUCCUCUCUUCAAGACAAAUGUAAACUUAAAGAUCAUAUGAUAGGUGCUAUGGUGGAAGAGCUGCGAGCUCGUGCCCAGAGUGGCAUAUGGAACGAGCUGAAAACACGAAUUGCAUCACCAGAAUUGCCUCAGCCAGACUACACACGAUCACAAGUUGUUGAGUACCUUACACCUGAAGCACAGUUUCCACAACUCACUCCUGGGCCUACUGGUCCAUGUUCAUGCUCUGGGGAUUCCAAGCCCACAUCAAUGGCUUUGUCUCUUCCUCCUGCAAAAGAAGAACGUGCAUGUGUAGCCACAGCACCAUUAUCUCUACAAGUACCUAUUACAACAUGUACUUGCCCAGGUGAUUUCAAGAUUGUGCGAAAAAUAGGAGCUGACAGCUUGCUGCUUGGGUGGCAAGUCCCAUCAACUUCUGCAAAUCUUUCAGGCUAUGAUAUUUAUGUCAAUGGUGUACUGCAGUGCAAAGUUUGGAGUGGGACUCGCAAUCGUGCUCUUCUUCAUUGCUUGGAUUUAAGUUCGCCAAUGGUGAUUCUGUUGUAUGGCCGUACAACUAGUGGACAACUGAGUGGUCCAGCUCGAAUUACUUAUCCUGGUGGAGUAUAAGAUAUGGAAAAUCUGCAACAUUGUUCUAAUACUAGCAAAGUUAAUUAGCAGUUCAGGUGUCAUACAAAAUCUCCAGUAAUUACAGCUAUCAGAAACUGUACAUUAGAUUAUAUUCCUUGAGGGAUUAUUAGUUAACAUAUUGAUGAUCUGUCCAUAAGCAAAAAGAAUCUCUGCAUUUUAACUUUUGUUAUGUCACAAAUUGUAAUAUUCCUCAUUUUUUAUUUGUAAAUUCUGUGGCAGUAUUUUAUGUCAGCUCUCUGUAAAUUACA